GUGUGUGUGUUUUUAAAAAAAUCUCAGCUCAACUUGGGAUAAACAGCAUGGAGUGUAAGCAGCGGUUGAAAUGGUUAAUGCUUGCAAUGAUAUGUCCUAUUAUUGCAGGUGCUCCAUCCUCGAUGUCCAAAAGAGACGGUUCAUGUCCCAAAGAGAAUCUAAACAUUACUGGAGGGACCUUUGUUCUUUCUAAUGGCUAUUCACAUGGGAGUCUUCUAAGAUACAUCUGUCCGAAUGGAUAUUACCCAUCAGUUCAGUCAUGUCUUUGUCAAGAUGAACACUGGACCUCAAAGACCAAUAUCAGAAAAACCCCAGAGUGCAAAAAGAUCACGUGUCCCAAUCCUCGUGUUUUCAAGAAUGGAGAGGUGAUUCCAUAUAAAGACAAGUACUAUGUAAAUGACACAACCACCUACUCAUGUCAUUCCGAUUAUACGUUCCGUGGCUCAGCGGUCCGUGUUUGCAAGCCAAAUGGGAAGUGGAGUGGAAGCACACCAAUUUGUGGACGUGACUCUGAUCACUGUCCUGAUCCUGGUGUUCCCCCUGGUAGCAGUCGAACAGGGAACAUGUUUAACAUAGACGACAAAGUCACGUACCUCUGCGAGAGUCCAUUGACCUUGAUUGGUUCCAAAGUGCGAGUGUGUCAGGAUGGUAGCCAGUGGUCAGGAACCAAGCCACAAUGUUACGCUAAUUUCACAUACGACACACCAGAGGAAGCAUCAGAAGCUUUCAGCAGUUCUCUAAAGACAAAUCUAGCAGUUGAAAAAGAAGAGCAGCAGGGGAAGAAAAUAACUUUGGAUCAAAGUGAAAAACUUGAUAUUUACAUUGCUGUGGAUGCAUCUGACAGCAUAGAUGAGAAGGAUUUUGACAAUGCAAAAAUCACCAUUAAAAUGCUUUUAGACAAGAUGAGUUAUUACCCGGUCUCCCCAAACUAUGAGAUCCUGAUGUUUGCUACAGAUGUUACACCGAUAAUUAAAAUGAAUAACUUCAAAAUGCAAAAACCAAGCCUAUUGGAUAUUUUUAAAGAGAUGGACGAUUUUACUUAUGAGAAGAAAGGCGAGAAAACAGGUACCAAUAUUGCCAAAGUCUAUUCAGCCAUUGAAGAGAGCAUGAACAUAGAGGAGCUCAACAAUGCAACAGCCUUCAGUGAGAUGCAACACAUCAUCAUAUUGUUCAGUGAUGGUCACACAAACAUGGGGGGGAAUCCCAAACCUAAAUUGGACCAGAUCAAACGUCUUGUCAUCAAAAAUGAUCCAAAGCGAGAGAAGAAACUUGAUCUUUAUGUAUUUGGAGUUGGAGGAGACGUGAAUCAAGAAGACGUGAAUGGCUUAGUGUCACAGAGGGACCAAGAAAAAUAUUUCUUUAAGCUUCAAGACUUGACAAAGGUUCAGCAGAUGUUUGACGACAUGAUUGAUGAGAGCACCAGUGUAGGAUUGUGUGGGAUUGUGUGGGAAGGCUUGGAAAAUAAACGCCGUGCAUUUCCCUGGUUGGCACAGAUUAAUAUUGUUCGUCCUUCAAAAGGUUCCAAUUGCAUGGGGUCAUUAGUUACCUCAAGUUACAUCUUGACAGCGGCUCACAGCUUCAAAGACGGAGACACGGCUGAUAAGAUAACAGUUAAACUGGAAAAAGAUAUGGGUAUUUGUAAAAGUAAAAAAUAUGUAAUUCAUCCUGACUAUAACCUCAUCGCAAAACUGGAAAUGGGAAUACAGGAAUUUUACGAAUUUGAUGUAGCUCUUAUACAGCUGGAAAAACCUGUUGAUAUCAGUUCUAAUCUACGACCAAUCUGCAUCCCAUGCACCAAAGAAACCAAUGGAGCUCUGAAACUUUCAGAAAGUGAAGGGUCGUGCAAAAAACAUGAGGAAAUACUAAUGAGCAACGAGCUUGUGGAAGCUGCUUUCACAUCUGAUAUGGAUAGUGAAAAAGGCAAUAGUCUGAAAACAAUAAAAAACAUCACAUUCAAGCUUGGAAAAUAUCGAGAUGCUUGUGUUGAAGAUGCAAUAAAAGCAAAAGGAAUUGAGGUGAAAAAUGCCAGGGAAGCAGUCACAGACAAUUUUCUGUGCAGUGGUGGUAUUGAACCAAAAACAGAUGAUGUUGCCUGCAAAGGAGAUUCAGGUGGGGCCUCUUAUGUGAUUAAAAACGGUCGAGUGAUUCAGGUUGGUAUCAUAAGCUGGGGAGUGAAGGACAUCUGCAAGGAAUCAAAGAAAUUCACCUCGGAUGCAGACUCCAGAGAUUACCAUUCAAAUCUUUUCAGUGAGAAAAUACGCUCAUUCCUUAAAGAACACCUAGAAAAUGACCGUAUAGGAAACCCUCUUAAAUUCUUGUGAAUGCUUUAGCAGACUGAAACUGUGUGAGUGCAGGUUGAGAAAACACUGUUUUGUUUUCUGAUCAGUAUAUUCAAAUUUAAGUCAAAUAGCUGGUCUUUGUUAAAAAAUAUAUUUAAAAAAAUAAUCCAGUUUAUUAUCAACUGUCUUUCAUGUUUUACUGAUUUAAUGUUAUGUCUUUGUAGUCUGUACUGAAUAUCCAAUCACUGGCAGGCAGGGGAGUUUCCUUAUUGUUGCAAUUUCACAACUUAUUUCCAUCUGUCUUAAAAAAUGAUAAUAGCAAGUAAUAAAAGCCUAACUGUAUGUCACUAAA